UUGUACUAAGUUAUUAAUUUUUUCAAAAGUUUCCGUAGCUGUAGCUAGAUUUGCCAGCUUUGAUUCUUAACUCUGCCUCUGUCCUCUUUAUCCUUUUCAAAGGAAUACUUUUCCUCUUUACAGACCCAGUUUCAUUUAUAAGCUUUAAAUAAGAGCCAGUGAAUCAGGAGCUAACAAAUUCUUGCUUUCUUCUUGCUGCAUUUUUUUCACCAAAGCUUUGUAAGAGAUUUAAUGGUGGUGUAGGGAACUUCUAACUCAAACCCAUCAAUCUAUAUCUAUCCUUCAUAUUGGUUUAUCACAGCCAAGCAUUACAUAUUUCUCUAUAUUGAAUUUAAUCAGAUAUUAUUUGCCCUGCUUCACAGAUGUUUUCAAGUUUUCCACAACUGAAAUUUUCCUGAUAUCUUCUGCUAGCUCCAUAUGUUAUCUUUACUGUUUCAUUACUGAGCCACAAGUAAAUAUAAUGAACAUGCUGCCUCUGGCAUCCAUUGGAUGCCCCCCUCAGCUUUUUCCACAUGAAGUUUUAACCAUUCAUUCUUCUCUUGUAACUUGGAUUAAAAAUGAUCACCUGAUAGCUGCUUCCUAGGACAUCCUGUUAGUGACUUUAAGGAGUUAACUGUAAAACUAUUCAAGGAUCAGAUGAGCAUAUCCUUGUUCUUGGGAUUACAUCCAGUAUCUGUGAGCUCUGUUCCUCUUGUGAACUCUCUCUGUGGGUUUCCCUCUCCAGGAUAGAUUGCACAGGCACAUCGUGCUGUUUCUGAAAUGUAAAAUUUCCUACUGAUUUUUUUCCCUUGGUACUUAAGUAAGGCUGAUUGCUUAGGAAGUCUUGGUAGCCUUUUCAAGCAUGAAAAGGUAGCAGUGCCCCUUAGCAUCUGAUGGGUAACUGGCUGUAGUGGAAGCCUGAUGGGUUUGGAGCUGGCAUGCUUAGAGCUCUCCUGGGUCUGCUAUUGAUCUUGGCAUGUUCCUGCUUCUGAAGGGACUGAUCUUUGAAACUAGGCUCCAGGAAAUCAUUUAAGGAUGUGUUUACAUCCUGCUGAGCACUGAAACUGUGAGGCUUUCAGUGGGAAGGAAACUCAUCUGAAAGAGACACAGUCUUUAUCUGCUUUCCCUAAUUAGCGCUCUAUCUUCCUGGAGGUGAUAUUCUCCACAGCAUCCCCUUGGCAGCAGGAAGCCAGUGCUGGGGUUAAGUCCCCACUUGCUCAGAGUUCACCUGGUUGUGUGCCCUGAGAGCUCUGAGGUGCCUGAGCUCGGGGCAGGUGCUUGCUGUGCUGUCACACAGCUGUUUGCACACCUGUGCUGCCCUUCUGCCAAGGCCAAGUGUAGCACAGGCACAGUUGGUUCUCCAGCAGGCUCCAAGCUCCUCACAGGAAGAUGAAGACCCGCUGUUUGCUGGUGACAUUGGUGACAGUGGUGCUGCUGGGGCUGGUGCUGUUCCUGGGGCUGUUCUUCGGGCUGCGCUCGGGGGAUGCUCACACGUACAGGAGGGCGGCCGUGGCCACCGACGCGGGGCCGUGCUCCGUCAUUGGCAGGGACAUCCUCAAACGAGGAGGAUCAGCGGUGGAUGCUGCGAUUGCAGCCCUGCUUUGUGUGGGACUCAUGAAUGCUCACAGCAUGGGCAUUGGAGGAGGCCUCUUCUUCACCAUCUACAGCAGCUCAGGAAAAGUGGAAAUCAUUAAUGCAAGAGAAGUGGCUCCAAAAUACGCAUCGGAGGACAUGUUUGGGAACAACACACAGCUCUCUCUGAAAGGGGGACUGUCCAUUGCUGUUCCAGGAGAAAUCCGUGGCUAUGAGCUGGCUCACAACCGUCAUGGCAAACUACCAUGGAAAGAGCUGUUCAUGCCCAGUGUCAGGCUGGCAAGAGAAGGAUUCCCUAUUGGGAAAGGCCUUGCUGCAGCCAUCAAAUCAAAAGAGGAGGCGAUUGAAAGCAAUCCCUUGCUGUGUGAAGUGUUCUGCAAAGGAGGGAAAAUUCUGCAAGAGGGUGAAACCAUCAAGAUGCCCAAACUAGCCAGCACCUAUGAGACUAUAGCCACAGAAGGAGCAGAUGCCUUUUACACAGGAAGCCUGGCAGAGCAGAUCAUUGCUGACAUCCAGAAAGCAGGGGGAAUUGUCACAUUGGAAGACCUGCGGGACUACAAUGCCACAGUGAUCGAGGACCCCAUAGAGAUCAAACUCGGGGAGUUCACCCUCUACACACCCAGUGCCCCCCUCAGUGGCCCAGUUCUGGCCCUCAUUUUCAACAUAUUGAAAGGGUAUAAUUUCUCUGCUGCCAGCGUCAAAACUGUGGAGGAGAAAGGUCUGACCUACCACCGCAUCGUGGAGGCGUUUCGCUUUGCCUACGCCAAGAGGACUUUGCUGGGAGACCCAAAAUUUGUCAACAUUACAGAGGCCAUCAGAAACAUGACAUCCGAGUUCUUUGCGGAUAGUCUGCGGAGGAAAAUCACAGACAACACCUCCCAUCCCGUUGACUACUAUGAGCCCGUGUAUUACACUGGAGACAAUGCCGGUACAUCCCACAUCUCCAUUGUGGCUGAUGAUGGCAGUGCUGUGUCCGCCACCAGCACCAUCAACCAAUACUUUGGCUCUGAUGUACGAUCCAACGUGAGCGGAAUCAUAUUUAAUGAUGAAAUGGAUGACUUCAGCUCACCUUACAUAAUCAAUGGAUUUGGGAUCCCUCCUUCUCCAGCAAAUUUCAUAGCUCCAGGUAAACAGCCAAUGUCCUCUAUGUGCCCCUCCAUUUUGGUGGAUAAAAAUAAAAAGGUGAAGAUGGUGGUUGGUGCUUCUGGAGGAACAAAAAUAACUACAGCAACAGCACUGACAAUCAUGAAUUCCAUCUGGUUUGGUUACGAUGUGAAGAAGGCAGUGGAGGAGCCCAGGAUUCACGAUCAGCUCUUUCCCAAUAUCACGGAGCUUGAGCAGCAAAUAGAGGAGGGCGUGGAGCAGCAGCUGCAGCAGAGGAGACACGAGACGUCGCGGGUGAGCGGCGGCGCCGUGGUCCAGGCCAUCCUGAGGACAGAGCGCGGGUGGGCUGCGGCCUCCGACUCACGGAAAGGCGGCUUCCCUGCGGGCUACUGACCUGGCUCAGCUCCUUCUUCCAGUGGUCUAGUGACACCAAGGUGUGUUUGGGGGGAAGAUCCUUUAGAUCUGCAACUCAGGGACUUCUCACAGGAAAGAGAACGCAUUUACCUGUGAUUCUGUUGAUGGAACUGGGACAGUUCUCUACAGCCAUGACCGAAGUGCCUCAUGCCACAGCCGUCUGCCAAGACAGGCGCGUCCACCAGGACGUGCAGUACUUACUUGAAGAGUCUGUUCUGCCUUGAAGAGUUUGUUCCCUGCCUCCUCUCCAUCCCAUGAAGACACAUUGGGUGCCCAGUUUCUGCAGAAGGUCCGGCUCACUCAAGCUGCAGGAAGCGUUUCCCCUGCAUGGUGUCAGCCACCAGGAAUGUCCCUGUCACUGCUAGAGAAGAUAUUUGUUUCCUGUUGAGUAGGUGGGAGUUACAGGACUCUGAGACUGGGUUUUCUAAGUUACAAACUAAUAGGUCUGUGCCAUAGCAGGAAGCCCAGCCCUAGACUGGGGUAAGCCAAACUCACCACUCUGUUAACAAAAGAUGUUUCUGCAUUUGACCCAGUUGAUUUUUGGAGAUGAGUGGGGGGAAAUGGGGAAAUGGCUUCAAACUUUUUUUAUAUUUCUGUUGAGAAGGUCUAAAGGGAAGAUGCUACCUGUAAAACUCUGAGCACAACUAAAAUAAAUAAAUACGGAGUCACACAU